AUGAGCCGAUACAAGGAGCUCCAACCCGCCAUUGGCGGCGUCUUUCACCAGCGUGGCGAGGAGGUGGUGGCCCACGAGACGGUGUCAGAGAUCAGCAGCAAGAAAAAGGCAUCGACGCCGCGACUGCUCAUCCUGUCGCACAUUCUCGGCAGAAGCGGUAGCGCCACGCUCAGCAUCGUCACGGUUGACCCAAGCGGACAGCGGGUGAAGAUCAAGUCCGCCUUCGCCGUGGAUCGGCUGGUCAACAUCUCGAACGAGGGCAGCUUCGAUGCAACCUUCAACUUUGGUGCCAGCGGCGUGCUGUCUGUCAGCUUCGAGUCACACAUCCAACGGGAGAUGUUUGUCGCUGCAGCCCGCCGCAUCCGCGCGACGCCGUCGUCGUCCUCUGGGGUCCGUGAGGGCUAUGCGGACCACCGACUGAGCACCAUUCGCGGUGUGCUCACAGAGGCGGUGGGCGCUCAGGUAGAAGCUGACGCUGCGGCGCGCGUCCGGAAGCUGCGGCAGGACAAGCGGCGGAUCUUCUCGACGGAGGAGGAGAAGCACCUGCUGCGCCACAUUGGUAAUAACGGGGCCGGGUUCGACGACAUCAAGCAGUUCCAGGAGAUUCUCCUUCGCCAGCAGAAGAGCUCCGAGCUCAGAUCGCUUAACCUGCUGACCACCUCCGAGACUGCAUGGCAGAAGGCGCAGCAGCAGGUGCAGGACCUCGUCCAGGACGUGGAGGAGGUGGGGCAGCGCAUUGAGGAGUACUCGACUCACCUUCUAUCCAAUAAGAGCGUCCUUCAGCAGGUGGAACACGACAACAACACACUGCAGCGACGGCAGCAAAACCUGGAGGCCCUCUAUGUUAUGAUGUCCGACCUGCGCGACCAACUACGGCUCGCGCCGACGACGAUGGCGCUGCUGAGUCGACUGCGCACCGUACCAGAGGAUGGCCUCGUGGCCUUCUUCUCCGAAGGCAGCAACGCGGUGACACUGUCGGUGGCGAUGAAGCACAUGCAGUGUGUGCUGCACAACCCGAAGCUGGACAAUGACUUUCCUAUCACCGCUGUCGCGGAGCGGAAGGCGUUUUUCCUGGAGCAGCGGAAGAUGAUCACGCAGCGGUCGAAGUCGUAUAUUAUGGCCAUCAUCGGGUCCUUCGAGACAACCUACCUCGCGGACAAGUCGCGAUACAGUCGCGAGGCGUCGCUUGUGUGGCGGCUGCACGUCGAGCUGGCGGACAAACUGCUGAACAUCAGCGAUGUUAUCCGUGCACUGGACCGCAUCGACGUGGAAGGCUUCAAUAACGCACUGCGCAAGUAUCGGACGAGCAUGCAGAGAGUGUACGCACUCGAGAUCACGCACUUCUUCAAGUGCCUCAAGAAGCAGGUGAAGAAGGUGAACACCUGGCGCGGCCCUUUUCUGCUUGGCACCUCCGAGUCGCGCAAGGAGGCCAUGUCGAUGCGGAUGGAGACGGCCCAGUGUGGUGAGACACCGCACAUGUAUUCCCGUGGCAGCCAGUUAACCCCGGCGCUCACCCCUCGCAUGAUGCGGUUUGGUGACGACUCCGACUACGGGGUCGGCGCCGGUGGCCGGGCAGCCUCUGGACUUGGCGGCAACGAAGACCGCACACACCUCUCCGUGCAGUUCCCGUCCGUGGCAGACCUGAGCAUGGAGGGCCGCAUGCCUGAUGGCGCAAUCGAGCUGUACCAGAGCGCGAACACACUGCGCCGGCUGGACGCACGGGCCGAAACGUCGUCGGUGGUGAGCGGGAUGAAGUCCCUCAACCCCGCCAGCACCAGCGGUGGGGGGUACGUGCGACCUGAUCUCGCCUUCGCCAUUGCGCUAGAAUCGUCCGUGCUAGCGGUGAUUCACGAAGAGGUGGUCCUUAGCCGCUGCUUCAACCUCUUUAGCGAUACGGCAGAGAAGAACGGCAACGACGAAGACGCUGUAGCUUCCGCAAAUGCCGGCGCCACCCCGCAGGCAGAAGACUCGUGGAGGACGGGGGCUGUCACUCCCAGAGGAGCCCCUGGGGCGGACCGCGCGCUGAUGAAGCAGGAGUCCUUGCUCGAGCUCUUUGGCGGUGCCGAUGCGGACCACCUCGUGCGCACUCUGCAAGGGACAUCACGUAGCGCCAGCGCGCAGAACUCUCGCUCGAGCAGCCAGGACAUCGGCCUGCCACCUCGCCCUCCUCCGGCAGGGUACGGCGGCGGCAGCCGGGGUCAUGGCGGGUUUUCCUUUCCGCACCGUCGGACAUUUAGCGCGGCGUCUUCGUCGGGGUACGGCCGCGAGGGCAACUCCAGCGACGGCGACAACGUGGACAGCGGUGGCCCUGUAGACGAGUCCAGCCGCGCCUCUCGCAUCGCGCUGCAUCGCAACUUCCUCAUUCGCACCAUGCGUGACCUGGCCCUUUUCUUUGUCGAGAAGUGCGACCGCAUCUACUGUGUUCCCAUCCUGUGCAUGAUACGCGCCUACCGUUCCACCGCGGCUGACAAGGCCAUGCUGCCAUCGAAGAGUGCCUUCUGUCAGGCAAUGCUGGCAGAGGUGGAGACGGUGAUGGUGGGCGGCAUGAUGCGGUUUGUGGCGGAGCAGACCGACUCUAUUCACCGGUGCCGCAAACGGUACGUGGUGCGUCCCACGGCGCUGUUGCAUUGCUUCUCUAAGAUGCCGGCCCUCUUUAUGCGGUUUGAGGCGGUUCACAACGCCCUAGCACGCAACGUGUGCGACCGCACCGAGUACGCCUCCAUCGCGCUGAGUCUCGUCGAUCAGUCCUUCGAUGCCUUGGACCAGAUUACAAGGGUGAAGGCCACCGGCGAGGACCAGAAUGCGGAGCAGCUGAAGCUGAGCAAACUCAUUGCGCAGAAGGUGCACUCCGUUCUGGAUGGCGUGGAGGCGGACGUCCACUCACUCAAGUGGGUCUUUAUUCAGCAGUAUCGACAUCAGUCGUUCUUCUGUGCCUUCUACUCGACCAUGCCAAGCGACAGCUUUGCCGUGGAGUUGCUGCAAGACCACUACACAUCGGCGAAGGAGAAGCGGGACCGCUACGAGGAACUGUACCUAACGCGUGUGCUCCUCGUGCGCAGCUUCCCGGUUUUCGGCGUCUUUGCGCUCUCCGCCGAGGACCUCUCAGUGAUCUACUCAAAGGAGGAGCUGCGACAUCACAAGGCCCUCUCCGCGGAUGCGGUCAAGAAGGUGGUUGGUGGACUCGAAAAGGAGAUGGGCUCCGGUGUGCGGGCAAGCGCGGCGCGGAUGAAGAAGCACUUUUUGCACGAUGUAGACCUCAACGGCAACGAGGCCUCUUUCCACACGACGCUGCUGCAGCGGACCUGGCAGCACUUCUCGGCACUGCUGCUGCACAAGUUCGACUUUCUGGCUGAGAUGCUCACAUGGCCGGUGUAUCACGGCAUUUCCAUGCCCGUGACCCGCUCCGACGUUGUGGAGAUGCUCGCGGCGUACUAG